GUGCCUCGUCGCUUCUCGGCCUAACCCAGUGGAAAAACACACGAACGUUUGGUCUCACUCGUGAGUAUCACCAUCGAUGCACCUUCAUGUCAUGGCUGUGUCGCACGAAGCAUAUGUAACCCGACUUGCUUAUUUUACAUCCAAAUACUCCACCGAAUGAAUCUGCCAUUGUCGCUCUUGCAUGCCUACCGUCCCGUAUUCCGCGUUCCGUACUUCCUCGACCCCCUCCAGCAGCCAUGGCCGAGGUAGAUGUGCCGCCGACCUUCGGCGCCGAGUUGAAGGAUGGCUUUCGACCGGCGAGCGCCUGGGUCGCCAACGGCAUUGCCUGGCUUGACGAUAUACAACAAUAUUACCGCGAACGAAGCGCAAUCGAGAAGGAGUACAGCGCCAAACUGAACGCCCUAGCCAAGAGGUAUUUUGAGAAGAAGAACAAGAAAUCCAUCAGUCUGAGCGUCGGCGACACACCGACCAUGACCCCUGGGUCUCUCGAAAGUGCCUCACUUACCACGUGGACGACACAACUCACCACACUCGAGUCGAGAGCCGACGAGCAUGAGAAGUAUGCCAACGCCCUGAUCGCAAAGGUCGCCGAUCCCCUCAAGUUCUUUGGCGCCAAGUUUGAAGAACUCCGCAAGCGACACGUGGAAUUCGCGGAUAAGUUGGAAGGCGAAAGAGAGGCCUCGUACGCUGCGCUGCGGAAGACCAAGGGCAAAUAUGACCAGGCCUGCUCCGAGCUGGAGAGCAAGCGCAAGAAGUCGGAGUCAUCCUUUGAUAAGGCCAAGGCACAGAGCAACUACCAGCAACAGCUACACGAUGCCAACAAUGUCAAGAAUACCUAUUUGAUAGCCAUAAAUGUCACCAAUAAGCAAAAGGAGAAGUACUACCACGAGUACGUGCCGGAACUGCUUGACAGCCUGCAAGACCUCUCAGAGUUCAAGACACUCAAGCUGAACGGGCUAUGGACCAUGGCCGCUUCCCUCGAGACCGGAUUGCUGCAGCAGAGCAACGGACUGUUGGAGCACAUGUCCCAGGAGAUUCAGCGAAACCAACCACAUCUCGACUCGAUGAUGUACAUUCGGCACAAUCUUGGCUCAUGGCAGGAACCUGCAGAUAAAGUCUUCGAGCCAAGCCCGGUAUGGCACGAUGACGAGAGCAUGGUCGUCGACGAGGCUGCCAAGAUCUUCUUGCGCAACGUCCUGAACAAAUCCAAGAGCCAACUCGGAGAUCUGAGACGAGAGGUUGACAAGAAGCGGAGGGAGGUUGAAGGAGUGAAGAGGAUAAAACAACGGAUACGCGACGGUACCGAAAUCAAGGACGAAAUACUGGUCGUGGCUCAGCUUUUCGCCAUGCAGGAGGACCUUCAUCAGGUGGACCAGAGACGCAUUACAGCCGAAGUCGAGACUUCGACAAUCACAUCCACGGUGGGAGAUGUCACUCUAGGCGCCAAAAACCACAAUUUCAAAUCGCAAACGUUCAAGAUCCCUACGAAUUGUGAUUUGUGCGGUGAGAGGAUUUGGGGUCUGUCGGCAAAGGGUUUUGACUGUCGUGACUGUGGAUAUACAUGCCACAGUAAAUGCGAGAUGAAAGUACCGGCCGAGUGUCCCGGUGAGCUAUCCAAGGAGGAGCGGAAGAAAUUCAAAUCGGAACGCCAAACAUCAACGAGCACUCUGCUUAAGCCGGCAGCCGGAGCACAUGGCAGCGUGUCUGAACUGCCCGACCUCAGCCGGUCCAACACGAUGAACUCUCUUAGCUCCGGCUAUGCAGCUAGCGCUCAUCGAUCUAUCACUGGACCGGCAGCACCGAAAUCGCCAGUAGAGGAGACGCCGCCUGAGACUGGCCCAAGACCAUCGAUAUCAUCCGCUGCGACCAGAAAGACGCGCCUAGUCGCCCCUCCCCCGACUGCCUAUAUUAGUGAAUUGCCUGGUAGUCCGGUCAAUGGCUCAGGGGCAAGUAAACCGGAGCACAAGGCCAAAACGCUAUACUCUUUUGAGGCCAGUGGUGAAGGUGAAUUGACUGUUCACGAGGGCCGAGACGUUACAGUAUUAGAACCCGAUGAUGGAUCGGGUUGGGUCAAGAUACGUGCUGGAUACAAGGAGGGAAUUGUGCCUGCGAGCUACCUUGAAAUGCUUCCCGACGCUCCUGCGCCGAUAGUACCACAAGAUACAGGCGGUUCUGUCAACCGUCCUGCUUCAACCUAUUCUAAUUCUGGCUCAUCUAUCGGCGGCUCGUCGGCCAUCAAGAAAAAGGGCCCUGCAGUGGCCCCACGCCGGGGAGCGAAGAAGCUUAAAUAUGUUGUGGCUUUAUACGACUAUACUGCACAGAGUGAUGCGGAAUUCAACAUGGUGGAAGGUGACCGUUUCGUCCUAGUGAAGGAAGAUCCGGGCGAUGGGUGGGCUGAGGUUGAGAAAGGAGGCCAGACCAAGAGUGUGCCUGCGAGUUACAUUCAGUUGGAGUCUUCAUAGCGUGUGAACUCGAGGAAGAAAGAACUCUUCAAGGGCCGAAGAUUUGGCAUUAAGCGAACGAACUUGGAACCUAUCCAGUCAGUUUCCUCAGAGCUGCUGGACGUUGCAUGAUUGCAUUGAGCAAACCCCAGAGCGUUGUACGCCCUAGAGUCCUAGAAAAUAAAGUUGCUGACCAGCACAACAACUGCAACUUCAGAAUUUACAGAAGAAUGUAGGAAAACAC